AUGCAACUUCUUUUUUCUAUCAGUAUAGCAUUCAUUAUCUACACAAACACUUUUCAUAUUGCACUAGCAUUACCAACGAAUUAUGAUGAUGUAUCGAAUGAAAACAUAAAUUUCGAUGAAGAAAUAUCAACAUUGGAAAAUUCUCAACCAUCAGCAGAAUUCAACCCAGAAUAUAUAGGAGGUUAUUAUCAAGGUGAUAUGAUUUUGCCUGAUGAGAUAUUACGUGGAGCUCCUCACAGACCAUUAUGGCAACGAUGGCCUAGUGGAAUAAUACCUUAUGAUAUGACACCAUCUAUUUCUCUCAAUCAUUCACUAUUAAUUGUUGAUGCUAUGCGACGUAUGGAAAAUCUAACACGAGUAGGCAGUAGGUCAUGCAUUACAUUUCGUCCAAAAACUGAUUUAGACGAAAUUUUUAUAACAAUAAGAAAUGGAACUGGCUGUUCAGCUCACGUUGGAUACCUUCAAGGCUAUGAACUGAAUCGUACUGUUACUUUAAUGCAUACAUCAAAUGGUACUUGUAUGAGAACUGGAAUUAUUCAACAUGAACUUCUUCAUGUAUUAGGUUUUUUUCAUGAACAAUCUCGUCCUGACCGUGAUGAAUAUGUUUCAAUUCAAUGGGAAAAUAUUAUAAACGGUACUGAGUUCAAUUUUCAGAAAUAUACCUGGGAAGAUAUUGACACACUAAUGAUACCAUAUGAUUAUGGAUCUGUUAUGCAUUAUCAAGCAAAUGCUUUCAGUUCAAAUGGUUUACCGACAAUUAUCGCUACGAAAAAUUCCAGUGCAGUACUUGGACAACGUAUUGGUAUGGGUCCAAGUGAUAUUCUUGAAGUUCAACGUUAUUACGGAUGUGUUCCAAUGCCAUCAUCAACAGCUAUGCGAACAAGUACAAUAUUAAUGAGUUCAACUAUUUUUAUUGAAAUAGUGUUAAUACUUUUACUCAGUUGUGCUUUCUCAUUAUGA